CCAGCUUCUAACCUAAAAAGUGUAGCCUUUAUACAUAGUUUCCUUUCUUCGCAUUCACACAGCCUCUCUUCCAAUAUUCUUGUAAACCUCUCACCUUUAUAUAUUAUAUUUUUACAACCAGAGCCUGAGAAAAUUAGCUGAAACAACAUCAUGAGUUCCCAUACCUUCUCCAAGAGAGCUUACAGCUUCUUCAAGUCUUACCCUUCUGCUUCCAAGCUUCUUCUCCUCAGUACCUUCAGUGGUGGUGGUUUACUAGUGUAUUCAGACUCAAACCCACUGAAACGUACAUUAACAGCAGAUGGACAACAAAUCAAGAAGAAGAAAGUCGUCGUUCUUGGAAGCGGCUGGAGCGGAUACAGCUUCUUGAGUUACUUAAACAACCCUAACUACGACGUUCAAGUAGUCUCUCCUCGUAACUUCUUCCUCUUCACUCCUCUCCUGCCAAGUGUCACCAACGGCACAGUUGAAGCUCGUAGCAUCGUUGAACCCAUCCGUGGCCUUAUGCGCAAGAAAGGGUUUGAGUACACUGAGGCAGAGUGUGUAAAGAUCGAUGCGACCAACAAGAAGAUUCAUUGCAGGUCUAAAGAUGGGUCGAGUGUUAAGGAGACAAAGGAGUUUGACAUGGAUUAUGAUAUUCUUGUUAUUGCUGUUGGAGCUAAGCCUAAUACGUUUAAUACUCCUGGUGUUGAGGAGAAUGCUUAUUUUUUAAAGGAAGCUGAGGAUGCUCUCAAGAUUCGUCAGACGGUUAUCAACUGUUUUGAGAGAGCUUCUCUUCCUGAGUUAACUGAAGAAGAGAGGAAAAAGAUUUUGCAUUUCGUUGUGGUUGGUGGUGGACCCACUGGUGUUGAGUUCUCAGCUGAGUUACAUGAUUUUUUGGUUGAGGAUGUUGCUAAGAUUUACCCAAAGGUUCAGGAGUUUACUAGAAUCACUCUUCUUGAAGCAGGAAACCACAUUCUCAACAUGUUUGAUAAGAGGAUCACUGCUUUUGCUGAGGAGAAGUUUCAGAGAGAUGGUAUUGAUUUGAAGACAAAGAAUAUGGUUGUGGGAGUGACUGCUGAUGAGAUAUCCACAAAAGAAAUAGCAACUGGCAAAAUUGUCUCUGAGCCUUAUGGUAUGGUUGUGUGGUCUACAGGUAUUGGUAUACGUCCUGUCAUCAAGGAGUUUAUGCAUCAGAUUGGUCAGGGACAGAGGCGUGUCUUGGCAACUGAUGAAUGGCUUAGAGUUGAGGGAUGUGACAGUGUCUAUGCUUUAGGUGACACUGCAACCAUUAACCAACGCAGAGUCAUGGAAGAUAUAGCUGCAAUUUUCAGCAAAGCAGACAAGGCAGAGACAGGGAAAUUGAACAAGAAAGAGUUCAAGAAUGUUGUGAAAGACAUCUGCCAAAGAUACCCUCAGGUUGAUCUUUACUUGAAGAAGAAGAAACUGAGAAACAUUGCAAACUUGCUAAAGAGUGCUAAUGGCGAUGACACUGAAGUCAACAUUGAAACGUUUAAGCAAGCACUCUCAGAAGUUGAUACUCAGAUGAAGAAUCUUCCAGCAACUGCACAGGUUGCAUCACAACAAGGGAAGUAUCUUGCAAAGUGCUUCAACAAAAUGGAGAAAUGUGAGAAGAAGCCAGAGGGACCAUUAAGGUUCAGAGGAGAAGGUAGACAUAGGUUCCAGCCGUUUAGGUACAGACAUUUUGGAUCGUUUGCUCCGUUAGGUGGGGAACAGACAGCUGCUGAACUGCCUGGAGACUGGGUCUCUAUUGGUCAUAGCAGCCAGUGGCUUUGGUACUCUGUCUACGCUAGCAAACUGGUGAGCUGGCGCACAAAGUCUCUCGUGGUGUCUGAUUGGGUUCGUCGCUUCAUCUUUGGCCGUGACUCCAGCAGCAUCUAAGCUCAUUUUUACUUCUCCUUCAAAAUUUUGCAUGAUGUCCUAAAUGUUCUUUUACUGCUUUUUGUUUUUUUUUUGAGCUCAUGAUUAUUACAGUAAACUAAGAUUUUGAUGACAAGUUGAAUCUUUCCAUGUCUUUGAGCAUUGAUCUCUGAACACUGUCAUGUCGUACAGACAUAUAUAACAAAGAGUUUCG